UCCAUUUGAUUCCAUCGACAAAUAUUUAAAGAAAAGAACGAAUAUCGUGCCAGUUCGAUAGUUUCAGGUUUGAUUAGUAAGGUUUGAUCUGGGGGUGUGAUAAUGAUAUGCUACAUUAGCCGAUAAUCAACCUGGGAUCGAUGAAGUAUUGCAGGUGUAUGACUGUAUGCAACUAAGCUUAUGGUGAGCAUUCGGAACGAGGUAAUCACCGUAAUUACCGUCAUCCAUUUAUGUUUACAUCGUUCACUGCUUGCUUUCCGUACAAAAUCAAGGCCCUUGUGGUUAUUGCACAAUUGGUCAGAUUACUACAGAGAGUGACACUGAGCAGCUGAGAGAAAACUUAGUUAAAGCAUCUAGAGCACCAUCAUGAGUAACGAUACUCCGCCAUCAGCAGGCGUUGCUAGUAGCGCCACUGCCACUGCCCCUGCAAAAUCAAGCAGAAUCACAGUUCGUAUUCUGAAUACACCAACACCAAGGAAAUUAUCUAUGGCCGCCUCCGUCGCCAUUAAAGAAAAUGAUAGGAUUCUCUACACAAUGUAUUGGCCACAUGGGUCAUUUACCAAGGAGCUGAAAAGGGACAGUACGGUGAUGAUUAUAAAUGCGAAGAGAGAAGAUACUCAAGAGUCCAUUAACCUGGAGGUCAACAAAACAAAGGUGUUCCCAACACAAGCAUUCAACGUCAAUCCUACGUUGUUGGACCACUUCAACCACGCGGAGGUGAUGACCAUCCCGGAUAUUCUAAAGACACCAGAGAAGAGGAAAGUUCGACUUAGUAUUGAUGGAACAGUUACACAGGUUUCCCCAGUACAGUCCAACAAGAAUUGGAGAAGAAGGGAUAUAACCAUUAGUCAGGACUCACAGAGUGUUCGUUGUAAAUUGUGGAACGAAAAGGUGGACAUCAUUCAAGAGCAGCAUCUGAAUAAACGACUGAAAAUCGAAAACCUAGAAACUGAACAUUACAACCAAAGUGUCUCCUGUCGCAACACCCCAGAAACUGUUAUGGAAACACCUGACGAAGAAUGCCAAAAGACCUUCACAAUAAUUGCUGUCAACACGUCCACCAAAGAAAUGCUGGUAACCAUGGAUGGAGAAGAUCAAUCUUUGACGUACACCGAUGCAGUGAUCACAGAUGACGAAGACCUUCCCACUCCCAUGAAAGUAACUGGAACAAUCAAAGGACAGGAACUUGUUUACCUUGAUGUUUAAUCUAACUGUCUUGAAAAGCACAUAUCGUUAUCAUCAACAUGAUCAAAGACUACUGAUUCCAUGAUCAAGUUGGCAUCAUCAAGAAAUUAAAGAGAAUGCCAUAGAUGGAUUUGGCCUAGGAGUUAUUUGAUACAAGUAAUUGGUUUUGUCGGGUUACAAGUAGCUCAUUCCGUCUUUACAUUGUAGGACCUCAAUGUUAAAGUUCAUUUAUUAAACUGGUGCGAUACCAAUAUUGCAGAUGGCAAUGACAUCAAAAAAGUUGAUUUUGGGACCUUUUGAAAAUCAUCAAAAUUCAGUAUGAGAUAAAAUGGCUAAUUUCCAAGUUGUAGUAUAGAUAUUAUGAUCCACAAAUAAAUGUCCCAUCAAAUGCAGUAAACCGCAUCAAUUUAUCACCAUCUGUUUUCGAAAAAAACCAGUUUUUCUGUGUCGAUCCAUUUACUUUUUUAAAGGAUUGUACAUUUACAUCUAUCAAUAAGAUCGAAAGUUAUUUGUAACAAAUAACCCCUAGGCCAAGUGCACACUUUGAUCUCUUAAAACUGUUGUUUGCAGAGAAGAAAAGACUCCUGUAAUUCAUUGUGCGGAUUUACAGUGUGUGUCAGCCCCACUACAUCAUGUGAUUGAGGUACAAUGUUGCGCGUCUCAACAAUGUACACUUAUUUUGAUUUCAUUGUGAUUGCCAAUCAUUGUACUUGAUUUUAAACCACUUGCUGGUCAAG